AUGCGUUUGCAUUGGCUAUUAGUAGCUUUUAUAUUAUUGUAUUCAGUUAAUACUUCUUUAUCGCAAGCAGCUCAUUGGAAUUAUGGUGAUGCUGGACCAGAUGUUUGGGAAGAUUCAUAUGCAACCUGCCAAGGAAUGGUUCAAUCGCCAAUCAAUAUUCAAACAGCAUGUACUGUUUAUAAUGCAUAUCCUGCUUUUCAACUUUCAUCGGCUACUAAUGUAGUACAAAAUUUUACAAUUACAAAUAAUGGACAUACAAUUACAGCUUCACAAGUCGACAAAACUGCGUUUCCUUUAACAUUGAGUGGCGGUGGUUUAAAUGGAAUAUAUGAAUUUGUUAAUUUUCAUCUUCAUUGGGGUCAAAACUAUAAAUCUGGCAGUGAACAUCAAAUAAAUAGUGAAAAUUAUGCUGGUGAAAUUCAUUGUGUUUAUUUAAACUCGGCAAUAAAUCAAUAUGCGGUACUUGGCAUAUUUAUUCAGACUAUUAAAUCAAAUUCGAGUAGUUCUGAAUCAACUGGUCAUAAAAGAAAAAAACGUAAAACAAAGAGAGAAACUAUUAAUACUAAUAAUGAUACAUUAGCUGCAUGGGAACAAUAUUUUUCAACAGCUGAUCCAUUAAAUGAUACAAAUGAGUCAGCUGGAAUCAGUUUACAAUUAUCAACUUUAAUGAAUACAAAUUUAAACAAUUUUUAUCGUUAUUCAGGUUCAUUAACAACACCUCCAUGCAGUGAAAAUGUUAUUUGGUCUGUAUUUCAAACACCCAUUCAAAUUAGUGACGAUGAAUUGGAAAUGUUUCGAUUAGACAUAUUUUCGGAAAAUUUCCGUAAUCCACAACCAUUAAAUAAACGAAUUGUAUAUCGAAGUUUUCCAAAUGAUACAUCACCAUCAAAAUAUCAAUAUACUUGUUGUACAUCAACUGAAGGCAAAGAUUCUCGUGGAUCUAUAUUAAUAUAUCAGUCUUAUCUUUGGAUUUUUCAUGUAGCUCAAUGGAUGUAUCGUAUGUUAAAUCAAUUACCCAUACCUUAA